AAAAUUUCGGGUACAUUACACAGUACAGCACCUAUAAUACAUCGGGAGAUGGCACGCCUGAGAUCAAUCACCAACUCUAACCUGAACCUGCGGAGGAGGGAGGACAAGGCUGAUGCUGAUGCUGAUGCUGAUAAUCUACGAGCACAGGUGACAGGCGACUGCCAGGACAUCCAUCACAUCACCAACAAUCAAUCAAUCAAUCAUCGCCACCAUGCUGCUGCUGCUGCAUGUAAGCGUAUGUAGGUUUACCUAGCACGCUGCACUGGGCAAGCAAGCAAGCAGGAGAACGUGUGAAGAACAAAACUGCGGCACAGCAUAUAUCGUGAACUCUUUUUUUUUGUCCUUUUGGCCACCCCAGUCUGGGCGCGUAGUAGUGGAAAGUAAAAAGUGAAAAAGCUAAGGGUAUGGGUAUGGGCACGGUAUACCAGGUAUGUGUAUGGUAUGUAUGGUAUGCCACUGGUAUGGGUAUGGGUAUGGUAUGGUAUGGAUACACAUCCAAGGCACGGCACGUGGCAAGGUUUGGGCAAAAGAGUCUCGACUGCUAUGGAUGCAUAGAUCCCCGUUCAACAUGGCUAGCUACCUUACCUAGCUACCUAAACAUCUGUCUAGGUAUGCACACAAUUGAGGAAGGAAGGUAACAUGUGAGAUAUUAUUAUUAUUUGUAAACAAAGAAAUCAUCGCG